GUACCAGGUGGGUGGAGCUCGGCCGCACGGCGCUUGCGCAGCAGGGUGGUUGGGGGGCAGUGGGGAAGCUACGCAAUGUGCGCAGCCGCCACAGUUAGCGUAGAGCCGCGGAUGGAGCCUCCCCCCGGCGCCGCAGCAGAAAAUUCUAAGCUGAGACACGUAGAAAAAGAUGUUUUGAUUCCACAAAUAAUGAGAGAGCGAGCCAAGGAGCUCUGUUCGGAUAAAGUGCAAGCAUUUACUAAAUGCUGUCAAGAAACUGGUCUUCUUAUGGUGGUGAAGUGUCGGCAAGAGAACACGGCACUGAAAGAUUGCCUGGUGGGCUACUAUUCUGAUCCAUUGUUCUAUGAAGAAUGCAAAACAGAAUAUCUGAAGCAAAGAGAAGAAUACAGAGCAACUGGAAUUAAGAAGAAGAGGCAGAAGUUUGCUUCAAAUGUGUAGUUAAAACUUAAAACGAACUUUUCAAAUUUUAUAUCCAACUUUGAUUUGACUUGAUUUAAACAGAUUAAAAACACCUGUACCCAUCUGUGUGGAAUUUAACUGAAAUAUACAAAAUGAGAUGAGUGGAGAAUAAAAUAAUCUCUGAACUUGAAAGUAAAUUUUUUAAUUUUCUGUAAUUAAAGAUAAAAAGCACGUUGUCACAAUUUGCAAGAGAACUUGCAAAGGUCUGUACCUCUGUUUUGUUACCAAUUUACAAAAGGCCUUUGGGAAUAUAAAGCUUGUCCCUAGUCAUGAGUUGCAGACUGCAUAAAAAACCUAAAGAGGGAAUAUUUUAAGUUGUAUUAACUGAUCACAAAUUGUGUGUGCAUUAAAAUUUGUUCCACUGUAGGCAUUAAUUCUUCCAUUAAUGUUUGUCAUCUGAAGCUAAGGUUGUACGGAUAUGCUCUUGAUGCUCUUUCUAGAAGAGAAGGGUGGCAAAAGCAAGGAAGAGCGGCUUCUUGGACCAAAUUAUCUUUUUCAUGAAAAUAUUGAGUCAUAUAAGAGCCUGGUAGUACUUCUGCUUAAAAAUUAUGACUCAUUUUUAAGUCUGCGUUUUCAGAAGAGAUGAAUGCCCCAUGCCUGCGUGUGGCCCAGACCGACUGUUUUGACUCAGAGGAAAGAGCCAUCUGAUCUAGUCUCCUACCCUGAGAGUGGGAGAAGGCACGUUGAAGGCAAAGCCAUGGAGAGCAGGAUCCUCCCUUGCCUUCCUCUUGCAGAAUGAAGAUGAUUGUAUACGCUUCCACACUUCAGGAGCGAGCGAGUGACCACACUUGCAAAACGAUUACGGGUGGAAGCAGGUAAACUAAACUAGGUACGUAAGAUGCAAGUCACAUCUCGCAGAAACUAAGUGUAAGCAAGUUCCUAUUUAAAAAGGGGCAUGAAAAAUAUCUUUCAUGUUCUGAUACUUGAAGCUGUGUAAUUGUAGAACUCUCAGAUGCAUAAACAGCUCCACUAGAGAUAGCGAGUAAAACUUUGUAUUACCAUACUGAGGUAUCUUUUGAAGCAUUUUGAAAUAAAUAUUUAACAAGCAAGGAAAGGCUGCAUUUAAAAAGCCCACUCACAUGGCGAAAAAAAAAAGUUUUUCUUGAAUAAGUAGGAUUUGUUACUUUUCCCUCAGAACAUGUAAAAUCUAAAUUGUUUAUUUUAGAUUCCACAGCUUCUGUGGAAUAAACUUUCCUACACACAUUAUUUGCUCUUGGAUCCUCAGUUCAAGCAUUCUAGAAAACAAAAAUAUUCCAAAUCAGUUAAUGGAAAAUUAGCUGUUUUGGUGAGUGUAUUUAGAACAGAGGAAACUUAAGUAGAUGGCCAAGUGUUUUAAGGACAGCAGCUCUUCUGUUAUUUCACUAUGAAAACAUGCUCCAUUCUCAACCUCUGGAAAGUGAGCCUGGAUGGUUAUAAUUUUUGUCGGAAAGCACUUCCAAAGAAGAUAUGGGCUGGGAUGAGCAUUCUUUUAGAGGCGAGUGCUGCGUGCUGCCAGUGGUACAUGCCUGCAGCAAGGGCUCACCUAGGGUUUCCUCAGUUUCCCACCACAGCUGGUGAAAACAGACAACAGCACCAGCAGUGGGCUUCUCCUUUUCUGGCACUGCAGGAAGUGUGUUCAGCAGGUGAGGGGGGACCCCGGUGCACUGAGUACUGCUGGGGAGGAAUUAAUGCCUGUUGUGGAACAAAGCCCAGUUUAACCCGCAGGUAUUAAUCCCUCACCGUUCUAUACAUGCUUUAAGUGAAGGACUGCAAUAAUCAAGCUCUGAUGUCAAGCCUGAAAUUGCAUGUACUGAAUUAACAUGUCAUUCAUUUCUCUUUAUCUACACUGUUGUGUGUAUAAGGAAGAAUGGGGUUAGUGAAGCUCCUCCUUUAUUUACCUUGGUGUACACUUAUAGCUGGGCUUUGCCCUUGGCUCUGGCAUCAACUUCCUCUGUAAUACACCCACAGCCUUAAUUCCUAGGUUUGAAUUCUUGAUUUCAGACCUUUCACUUUCUUAAUGUCUUGUGCAGUAUCCUGUGUUCUAAGUGCAUUUACAUCUUUUAUUUAAAGUUUAAAUGAAAGAAUGAGUACUAUGAAGUAACCAACAGUAAAUUGCUUUUGCUUUUGUUUUUGUCUCAGCUGCAACCUCUCCUUCCUACUCAGGUUAACAGGAAGCAGCCUAUGAUCCUAAUCAGUGUGAGAAAACAGCAGUACUGACAAAGCCUUCAGCUGUUCUUCUGCAGCGAACUGGAAGGUUUUUUGCUACAUGUUGAGUACCUUUGGAAAGAGUGCUACUGUUUUGUCAGAAUUUAACUCAGGAAUAAUGAGAGGGUAAAGCUCUGGAAGCCUGUCUCUCUUCUCCUCUCAGGCCCUCCACCUCAACAACACAAAACAUGGAACUGCCUUGCUUACUAAGAGUAGGCACCUGUACGGGAGGAGGAAGGGAGCAGACAUGGAUGCAGGCAGGCAGUACUUCACAUAGCCAUCUCCAUCUAAAGCAGGGAUUGCAACUCUAAUUAAUGGUCCCUAGAUGUUUCUUUGUAUGUUUGGGUUUUUUUUUUUCAUUUUGAAAUACAUUCUGCAGGAUUCUUACAUAUUAUUCUGCGAAGGAGUAGACAAUUGAUGGAACUGAUCGAGGUGCAUCUCCAAGUUAGCCUGUUAAUAUAAAAAAAAAAGCUAAGUGCAGAGGCAGGGACUAACACAAGUAGGUCAGCCAAAGUCUGAAGUGUGGCAUUGCCAUGAGCCCAUCAUAGUUAAUAUUUGUAUACGUGCCUGACAUUUUCCAACACUCGACCCUCUUACAAAUUAAGGUGGCUUUACCAAAUGUUUGCAGUUCCAAUUUUAUGAUUCCCUGUUACAACAAGAAGUGUUCACGAAGUCGCACAGCUUUCAUUGUAGCUGUAAAACUAGCCUGGCACCCCAUGCUUGCGUCUUUUAACGGGAGCCACGUGCUCAGCCAGUUGAAAACCAUCCACUGUGUGGCACUAUUGAUUGACAUUGAUGGAGUAAGGUCUUAAAACUAGAAGACUGAUUUGUUACCAAGCACCCUCACACAGCUCAGCAAGGUGGCUGCCACGGUUUCUGCCAGGAAGGGGCUUGUCUUUGCCUCUUUGUAGGACUUGGGAGAACUUGGCAAAGCACCCACACGUUUUAGUUCAGGCUGUACUCUUUCAGUUUAUUAAAGCUCUUUUCAAACUCGUGAGACAAGCUCCUGACAAAUCUGAAGCCUAAAAGAGUGAGCAAAAAGGUGUCAUACACAUAUUCAAAAUGUUUGCCUUCGUAGAGUAAAAUGACCACUUCGAGGAAAGAUGAGUGGCGGUUUGUAAUGGACAGGGUUUUCAAAGAGGAGUAGAACUACCUAUCAUUGCAGUCUCUGCAUCUUCACCCAGCAAUUAAUCUGUAAGCCAGGAACACAUUCUACCACAUAUUUAGUAGAGCUGUACUCUUCAUCAAGUAAAUCCUGCAAGUGUUAGAGCAACAAUAAUUACUGGUUUUAACCAUUAACUUUAAAGCAGUAAUAAAUUUUAUUCUAAACUGAGAUAUAAUCAAAAUAAGAACUGUUAGCAUCUACACAUUUAUGCAAACAAGAAAAGUCUGUUUAUUCCAGAAGCAUAGGAUUUUGCAGUGCUGGAACUGAUGAAUUCUUUUAAGGCGUUUUGAGCUGCUGCUUGGUUAUGGAAAACCUUUACUUGCAGUAAGUGGUCGAGAUGCCUGGAAGUGUGGUAAUCGGUGGGAGAGAGGUCUGGUGAGUAAGCUGGGUGAGGUAGAGUUUCAUAGCCCAGUUUGUGCAGCUUCUGCAGAGUCAUUUGCAAGACGUGGUCAGGCAUUGUCACGGAGUGGAAUUGGUCCUUUUUGAUUGACCAGCGUUUGAUGUAGGCACUGCAGUUCUUGGUGCAUUUUGUCAAUUUCCUGGCAAUAUGUCUUUGUUCCGAUGGUUUUGUCAGGAUUAAAGAAAUUGUAGUGAAUGAUUCCACUUGCCAACCACCAAACAGGGACCAUAACCUUCUUUUGAUGCAGCUUCGGUUUCGGGAAGUGUUUUGGUGCUUCACCUUGGUCCACCCACUGCACAGAAUGCCGUUGGUUGUCAUAUAGAAUCCAUUUUUCAUCACAUCACAAUGCGAUCAAAAAAUUGAUUUUUGGUGUGCAAAAAGAAAC